UCCUGCGUUGUUUGGGGACAGUAGGAAGAUGGCGGCGGCCCCGCUGUACUGUGUCUGCCGGCAGCCCUAUGAUGUGAGCCGGUUUAUGAUCGAAUGCGACAUCUGUAAAGACUGGUUUCAUGGCAGCUGUGUCCAAGUGGAGGAGCACCAUGCAGUGGACAUCGAUGUGUACCACUGUCCCAACUGUGACGUUCUACACGGACCCUCCCUGAUGAAGAAGCGCAACAACUGGCACAGACAUGACUACACGGAACCAGACGAUGGCAGCAAGCCAGUGCAGGCUGGCACCGCCAUGUUCAUCAAACAGCUUCAGAACAGGACCUUCCCCAGUGGGGAUGAGAUCCUGAGGAAGAUGGAGGGGGACCAGGUGACCCCCAGGUUCCUGGAGAAGCACGGCUUCCACUACCCCAUAGCUGUGUCUCAGAUGGACGGGCUGGGCCUGAAGCUACCGCCCCCCACCUUCUCCCCCAAGGAUGUGGAGCAGUAUGUCGGUGGUGACAAAGUCGUCGAUGUCAUCGAUGUGGCCCGGCAGGCAGACAGCAAGUUGAAACUUGGCGAGUUCAUCAAGUAUUAUUACAAGUCCCAUCGGCCAAAGGUGCUGAACCUCAUCAGCCUGGAGUUCUCUGACACCAAGAUGUCGGACUUGGUGGUGGUUCCGGACGUGGCCCAGAAGAUGUCCUGGGUGGAGAACUACUGGCCUGAAGAGUCCUACUUCCCCAAGCCCUUCGUCCAGAAGUACUGUCUCAUGGGGGUCAAGGACUGCUACACGGACUUCCACAUCGACUUUGGGGGCACCUCUGUGUGGUAUCACGUUCUCUGGGGAGAAAAGAUCUUCUAUUUGAUUAAGCCCACCCAAACCAACCUUGCACUAUAUGAGGCAUGGAGCUCAUCGUCCAAUCAGAGCGAGGUGUUUUUCGGGGACAAGGUGGACCACUGCUACAAGUGUGUGGUGACCCAAGGGACCACUCUGCUCAUCCCCACAGGUUGGAUCCAUGCUGUCCUCACCUCUCAGGAUUGCAUGGCAUUCGGAGGGAACUUCCUCCAUAACCUCAAUAUUGGCAUGCAGCUCAGGUGUUAUGAGAUGGAACGCCGCCUGAAAACACCAGACCUCUUCAAGUUCCCCUACUUCCAAGCCAUCUGCUGGUAUGUGGCCAAGAACCUGCUGGAGACCCUCAAAGAGUUACGAGAGGACAGCUGUCCACCCCAGGGCUACCUUGUGGAAGGGGUUAAGGCUUUAAUCACGGCUCUAAAGACCUGGCUGAAGAGAGAGGUUACUGAGCUGAGCAGCGAGGUUCCCGACCAUAUCAGGCCCAACCAUCUGAUUAAAGAGCUCACCAAGGAAAUCCGCUACCUGGAGGAGGAGCCAGGCAGCGGAGGCCGCCCAGUGAAACCUCAGGGAAGCGGGUCAGGGCUGGCGGGGUGCCCGGCCACCCGCUCCACCCUGGAGAGGCUGUGCCAGGCUCGGAGGGCACGGCGGGCAGCCAGGCGUCUCCGGGAGCAGCAGCGCCAGGCGCCCAAGGUGCCCUCCAACCUGGACAUCCUGGAGCUGCACACCAGGGAGGUGCUCAGGAGGCUGGAGGUGGGGCCCCUGGAGGAGGACCCGUCCUUCAGCGUGGCGGUCCACGGCAAGUUUAACAAGGCCUCCACCGCCUCUGCCGCCGCUGUGGAGAGUCAGGACAACAACCACCUGCGUUUAACGCUGGUCAACGGCAGAAUCAUCCGAGAUGUGCGGAGGCCGGGUAGCAGCCCUGUGAAGAUAGAGGGGGAAAAGGGAUCGGGGGGUGAGCUGAAGAUCCCAGACGAGCUGAGGAGCGAGAGGACCGAGGCGUGCCAGGAGGAGCAAAGCACUAUGGGAAGGGAGGAGCAGAAAGCCAGCCACCUCCGGGGUCUGGAGAGGGUGAAGGCUGAACUCAGGGAUGAAGCCUCGGGGCACUCCAGUGUGUCAGACACAGAAUCCGACAGCGAUUCCACCACAGAGCAAAAAGCCUCCUCCUCCUCAGAGGAAGAUUCAGGGAGCUCCCAGGAUGAUGAAGACGAGGAGGAUGAUGAUGACGAGGAGAGGGAGAGGCAGUCCUCCCAGAGAGGCUCAGGGCACACCAUAGAGCUGGACCAGAGGGACCAGACACUCAGGCACAAAGACAAACCCCUCAAACGAGAACGUCCUACCUCACCCAGCACAGAAGAGGCCAUUCAGGGCAUGCUCUCUAUGGCCGGCCUGCUGUGCCCCUCCAAGCCAGAAGAGGGCACCAACUCCCAGGAGCCGUGGUGGUCCAGCAGCCCCAGCCAGCGCUCCCCAGAGCAGAGGGGCCAGCACCAGCUGCAGCACCAGAGGAGGGUCCUGGGGGACAAGAGCCCCAUGGACAGCCAGGGCAACAGCAGCAGCGAGGCCUGGGACAAUCAGGGGCUCUCCCUGGGAGCCCCCAGUCCCCUGAGCCACACGGCCAGCCCAGGGACAGACUACCAGUACUGUGACCCCUCCAUGUCUCCCCCCCUGCACCCCUCCAAAAGGCACGCUUCCAACCCCCCGCCCAUCAGCAAUCAAGCCACGAAAGGCAAGCGGCCCAAGAAAGGGAUGGCUACUGCCAAGCAGAGGCUUGGGAAGAUCCUGAAGCUGAACAGACACAGUCGGGUGUUUGUGUAGAGUCGCCACGGUGACAGGCAGGGGGCAUGGACACGCCUCCUCGGACCACACAUUGGGACUUGUCUGUUCAUUUUGUCAAGAUACCCUUUUGUGCUGGAAAGAUCCACUGCCUGGAAACGUCCCACCUGAGAGACUUACCAGACUUACCAGACUGUGCAUGCUUAGGAGACAGGGUAUUGGAUUCACGCAAGCAAGUGCACGGCUUUCACUACAAGCACACUAAAAGAGAAGGGAGAGAUCGACACACAACAAGCAUGUUGCGAUUUCUUCAGCUGCAGGGAAAUAUUCAAAGAGAACCCAGUGAGGCAUUCGAAUGGGCCAAGGAAAUUCUAUUCCCUCAUAUAUUUUUUUUGAGAAAUUGCAACUCAGUGUGACUGCGUUGUUUGCUCAGCCUGUGAUAUCGGAAGCGUGCGCAGCAAUUGCUUGGAUGCCAAAACAUCUGCAUCUUGUUCAUAAGUCUAUUUUUUCAUCUAAAAGCUUUCCUGCCUCAGCUACUUUCCAUGUCUGCUUCUUGUUGAAUUUGAGCAGAGUAAAUGGUAAGGAGCCAGGCAUGCUUUCUAUUGGUUGUGACACUGGUAUUAUUGAUGCACCUGACUCAGUGUCUGAGGGUGCACUCCCUCAGGAGGGGUGCUAUGGAGAUGAACUGAACGUUCAAAAUGGUGCUUAUUGUUUGUAUGUGUGUCCUCCAUGCUACCCAAGUUCCCCUUAUCUCAAUCACACCAGCAAUAAUGACUUUGAGGAGAGAGGAAAGAGGAGUUUGUAGAGGCAGCACUCUCACGACCAUGGCCUUCCCUGCUACAUUGUGUUGUUUAUUUAUAAAAAUUACAAUUAUCUUUUUCUUUUCUUUCAAUAUUUUGUAACGCAUCAGGUCUAUUAGAUAUAUUGAGAUUUACAUCUCAGCUUUUUUCUUUCCACCUUUUCUUGUCAAUCUUAAAUGUCUAAUUGGGUUCAUUGUCAAAGCCAUACUCGAAUUAUUUUUGCUGUUUGAUACAGUGGCCAUGCUUCCCCCUGCUUUUCCGAGGGAGACUUACACUGUGAAAGUGCUGCCUCUGAAGUUUUUAGAAUAGGAAUAUGAGUUGUUUACUUGGUCUAAAUAUUGAUAGUGAGAAACAACUUGUAAUAUCCUGCUUAAUUUAUUGUUUUAUUUGUGAUGUUGGUUUCUUGUGUUAUUUUGAUGGAUUCUGGAUUAUGUAUUUAUUAAUUGAAAGAGGUGAAUAAUGAUUUUUAUUAUAUUUUGGGCCCUAGAACCUCAUCUGAUUCUUUUGUUUUCAGAAGGAGUUUUCUUGUUUUUCUCAAUUCUCAUUCUUAUUGUAAAUGUGGAUACAUUUUGACUUUGUUGUCAUGAUAUAUUGUGUAGCAACUUGCCUACAAAUCUUUUCUCACUUUCUAGUAUCUCUGUGGAAACACCACCCAUGCCAGUCGAGGCUUUCUUGAAUCUACUGUGUUUGUAUCCUUUCUGUUUUUCUCUCACUUUGUAGCCAGAAAGUUACAUUAUGUGCUAAAAGAAAAUAGGGUAGUUAGUUACAUUCAGAUUCUGAGACUUAAGUGUCACCUACCAUUCCGUCACUUAAGUUACAGAAUUUACACACACUUGUUGUUUCUAGCAACAACAAAAAAGAAUUGUGAUCUACCUGAAGUAGUCCGUUCACUUUGUUGACAUGUACAUUUUGGGAAAUUCUAGUGUGGUAAAGGUUUUUCUUAAGUGAUUCUAAUGAUAUGGUGCUUUGGUGAGCUGAGGUGGGUUUUGAUUGGAGUUUGCAGUUCUUCGCUCUCAGGGAAUAAUGCCACGGAUAUGACCUCUGAUAAACCACCAGCUACAUCAUGUACAGCAUGUUCUUCCAAGUACUCUCACUUACUAUUCAUACUUCCUUUGCUCAUUUUACAGUUGCUGAGCAAUUAGUGAAAUUGACCAUGUUAAAGUAAUUAUCCUUUGUUGUCCAUUAUUGGUAAAUUCUGCCUCCAUUGUUUUUCAACUGUAUUGAUGACACCAAAUCCCUAAAUGUCCUACAGUAUAUUUGUUUCCAAUGUUUUGACUCUUCUCACUUAGUUGCAACUCUCACCUUAAGGUUUUAAUGCUUGGCCAAAAUCUUUUUUCUACCUAAGGGAGUCUGCAGACCUGUAUACUUCCUUUGAGUAAAGUACAUCCAAGCUUACUGUUGCCAAGUAGCUUUAAAAUCACCCCUUAAACAGUGUCUGACUUUCAAAUCUGUGCUCAGGUCGACUCAUGUGAAUGAUGGGGUAAGCUUUUGCUCAACAUUAAUGAGCUGUUUCACAUGAUCCUCCCAACACAACAACACGCACAUUAGCGUGCUCCCCCUCUUACUGAAUCCUAACAAGUGUUAAUCAUAUUGCCAGACUGAUUUCCUCUUUGAACACUACACUUUCACCUUGACUAUUUGCAUGUUAAAUCAUCUAGAAGAGCUAGCCUGCAGGCAGGGUUUGUUUUGAGCAGUAGUUCUCAUUUGUAAAAUAUUCAUUAAUGGUAGCUUUUUAUAUGCAGAUACGUUUUGAAUUUUGUGUUUUUCUGUGCAUUGCUUCUUCGGAUGGUGUGAUUGCUCGCAUAUGGUUUUAACCAUACAAACACUGGCUUACUGUGGCACUGUUACUCAAUUCAUUGCAAUUGUUUCUGCAUUUCAAAAUUACCUGUAAAUAAAUGAAAUGAGGAAAAGUAGUUUUAAA